GCCUACAAAUGCUCCAUGGCUAAGAAGAGAAAAGCUGAAGAACAGAUUUCAGGAGUUCCAGUCAACAAGCGAAAGUCCCUUUUAAUGAAACCUCGUCACUACAGUCCAAGUGUAGAAUGCAAAGAAGAAACUGAGGACAGAACAGAGUUGCAGGAGGAUAUUAAUGUCCUUGAAACAAGUGCUCCUACAGAAGAAAGUACUACAAAAUCAACUGAUGAAACCCCUCAUUUCGGUGGAGAAGAAAAUUCCAGUCAAAAGAAAGACAACUAUACAAGUUACCAAGACAUCAUGGCCAAAUCUUUAUUGAGCAUGGGGAAAUUAGCAAAAGAUGCACCAGUUCCAACUGUGACUGAAAACCUUGAUGACAGUGGUAUCCAUUCCUUAAAAACAGAAAAUGAUGAUGUGGAUGAAUGCUACAUGAUUAAUUCUACGGAAGGAAAGGAACAAAUUGUUGUUUCUGACCCAAAAUACGGUUCAGCUGAGGAGAAUGAAAGUAGCUCUGAAAUUAUGGACAAUGAGUGGGACAGUUCCUCAAACUUCUCAGAAGAAACUAACAUAAAGCCCCAUGUAACGCAAAAAUAUAUUGUAGAGUGUAAUCAACAAGACAUUCUGGACGUCCCAGGAAUUAAGAAAGAAGAAGCAGAAUUUGGCCCCUCUGAGACAGCUUGUGACUCUGAAGCAGGGCAAAGGGAGUCACAGGAAUCUCAUGUAGAUCCUUUCGACAAGAGAAUUCGACAUCCAUUCCCUGAAAGUGAAGAAGACGAUAACGAGUGCCUCUCAGAAACAACGGACGUGUCAGUUGACUUGGACAAAACAAAAGGGAAUUUGAGUUUGCUGGAACAAGCAAUAGCUCUGCAGGCAGAGCAAGGCCAUGUAUUCCACAGCACUUACAAAGAACUGGAUAGAUUUCUAUUGGAGCAUCUAGCAGGGGAAAGGAGACAAACCAAAGUUAUUGACAUUGCUGGGAGACACAUAUUUAACAAACAUUCACCCAGGCCUGAAAAGAGAGAAACCAAAUGUCCCAUCCCAGGAUGUGAUGGCACAGGGCAUGUGACUGGGCUGUACCCCCAUCACCGCAGUCUCUCAGGCUGUCCGCAUAAAGUUAGAGUGCCACUAGAAAUUCUUGCCAUGCAUGAAAAUGUUUUAAAGUGCCCAACCCCAGGAUGCACUGGAAGAGGACACGUCAACAGCAAUCGCAACACGCACAGAAGUCUUUCAGGUUGUCCAAUUGCUGCAGCCGAAAAGUUGGCAAUGUCCCAGGACAAAAAUCAACAUGAUUCUCCUAAAACUACACAGUGCCAUGAUCAGACUCACAGGGCAAGCUUAACAAAGCAGCUUGAGGUAUCUCCAUAUAAUUACAGAACUGCACAGCCAGUCACCUCUUCCAGAGCCACUCUGACAAAAGAACAAGAGAAGUUUGGGAAAGUACCAUUUGAUUAUGCCAGCUUUGAUGCACAAGUCUUUGGCAAACGCACAAUAGCACCAGCAGUGCAAGGACGAAAAGCACCACAGUUCCUUGAAUCAAAGCAUUUUUCAAAUCCAGUGAAAUUUUCUAAUCGACUGCCUAGUGCUAGCGCCCACACACAGAGCCCUUGCCAUGCCAACUCUUAUAGCUACGGUCAAUGUAGUGAAGACACCCACAUAGCAGCAGCUGCUGCUAUCCUGAACCUUUCCACCCGCUGCAGGGAAGCAGCAGAGAUCCUCUCCAACAAACCACAGAGUCUGUCUGCCAAGGGAGCCGAGAUAGAAGUGGACGAAAAUGGCACUCUGGAUUUAAGCAUGAAAAAGAACCGAAACCAGGAGAAGACAAUGCCUCUAACUUCUUCCAACACAGCGCUUCCCACUCCUUCCUCUUCUCCCUUCAAAACAAGCAGCAUUCUGGUAAAUGCAGCCUUCUACCAGGUGCUCUGUGAACAGGAAGGCUGGGAUACGCCAAUCAACUAUAGCAAGACCUAUGGCAGGAAAGAGGAAGAGAAAGAGAAAGAUCCAGUGAACUCACUAGAAAACCCAGAGGAAAAAAAGUAUCCAGGAGAUGUCUCCAUACCAAGUCCAAAACCUAAGCUCCAUUCAAGAGAUCUCAAAAAGGAACUCAUCACCUGCCCAACUCCAGGAUGUGAUGGAAGUGGCCACGUUACAGGAAAUUAUGCAUCACACCGUAGUGUUUCCGGAUGCCCGUUAGCUGAUAAGACGUUAAAAUCCCUCAUGGCUGCCAAUUCUCAGGAGCUUAAGUGCCCAACACCUGGUUGUGAUGGCUCUGGUCACGUCACUGGAAAUUAUGCUUCACACAGAAGCUUGUCUGGUUGCCCUCGGGCCAGGAAAGGUGGUGUCAAAGUGACUCCUACCAAGGAAGAAAAAGAAGACCCAGAACUUAAAUGUCCAGUAAUUGGUUGUGAUGGCCAAGGUCAUAUAUCAGGUAAAUACACAUCUCAUCGCACUGCUUCUGGUUGUCCUUUGGCUGCCAAGAGACAGAAGGAGAGUCCACUCAAUGGGUCCUCGCUAUCUUGGAAGCUGAACAAACAAGAGUUGCCACACUGUCCUUUGCCAGGCUGCAAUGGGCUGGGACACGUUAAUAAUGUUUUUGUCACCCACAGAAGCUUGUCAGGGUGUCCUCUGAAUGCACAAGCCAUAAAAAAGGGCAAAAUCUCUGAAGAACUAAUGACUAUCAAGCUUAAAGCGAGUGGUGGUGUAGAGAGUGAUGAGGAAAUCAGACACUUGGAUGAGGAAAUAAAAGAAUUGAAUGAAUCCAAUCUUAAAAUUGAAGCCGACAUGAUGAAACUUCAAACCCAGAUCACAUCUAUGGAGAGCAAUUUGAAAACAAUAGAAGAAGAGAACAAACUUAUAGAGCAGAAUAAUGAGAGCCUGUUGAAGGAGUUAGCUGGCCUAAGCCAAGCCCUCAUUUCCAGCCUUGCCGACAUUCAGCUUCCACAAAUGGGGCCAAUCAGUGAGCAGAACUUUGAAGCAUAUGUAAAUACACUCACAGACAUGUACAGCAAUCUGGAACGGGACUAUUCCCCGGAAUGCAAAGCUCUGCUGGAAAGUAUCAAACAGGCAGUGAAGGGCAUCCAUGUGUAGGAUGUGAAAGCUGCCGGGCAACAGAAAUUACUUAACAGCAGUAAACUCCAGAUGGAUCUGUUAGGAGUUCAUGUACUGCUAAGGGGUGUAGGUUGCCGUGCUGCAUUUACAAUUGCAACAUUGCACUAUUUUUU